UUUGAAAUAAUGGGUCAGUCACAGAGUGAAGUUAACAAUGAAGUGGCCCUGUUUCAGAUUCAAGAACUCUACAGGAAAUUCGCCAGCGAGUGUCCCAGUGGAAAUCUGCAUCUCCACGAGUUCAAGCGCAUAUUUGGCAUCACCAGCGAAUCUUCUGUGGAAGAAAGUGCUUACAUGGAAAACUUAUUUAGGUCUUUUGAUACAAAUCAGGAUAACACCAUUGAUUUCAUGGAAUAUGUGGCUGCCCUUCAUCUGGUUCUUCGUGGUAGACUUGAAGACAAAAUUAAGUGGUCUUUUAAAGUUUAUGACAGAGAUAGAAAUGGAUGUUUGGACAAGCACGAGGUGACAAAUGUUAUUAAGAUUAUACAUGCACUGAAGAAACAUGAAAAUCCUUCUGUCUCUGGAGGUCUCAGCCCAGACCAGAUAUGUGACAGAAUCUUUGAAUGUCUUGACAAAAACAACGAUGGUCAUAUUUCUCUAGAGGAGUUUCUGGAAGGAGCUCAGAAGGACAAAUGGGUAAUGGAACAUCUGAAACUGGAUGUGCGACCAUGUGGCUGGUUUCUUGGGCACCAAAAGAAAUGA